AUGCCGAAGAAGUCGUGGUUCACGACCCGCUUCCGUACGCCUUUUCUUCAACUCUUUAGUUCGUCUCAACAAAGAACCAUUUUUUGUGUUUCCGUCUACUGUACUCGAACUAUGAGUAUGUGGAAAAGUGGAGAAUGAACAGCGGCCGUCUAUCUCUAUCAUCAAAGUAAAUCCGACACGAGGAGAAUUCUGUACUAGUUUCCGUGCUGCAUAAGUGUGCAUCCGAAUACUUGUUCCUAUUACUUACAAUCCAGAUUGCAGUGGCGCCACGUGGAAGGAUUUCCGUGAGGGCGUUUGCGACAAAUUAUGCCGUGACCAGACCGCCACCGCAGUCCAUGCCUGCCAGCGGAUGCCGUUUUUGUGGCUCCGUAGAUCAAGAUGCAUGUCGAUGAUCGACUUUUUCACUUGUAGUCAUGUUAUAUUAUUUAUCUGGUAGUGUCAGUGUGGUCCUGCCUGCCGACGGCGGGAAAAACACAUCUGGUACCGACGUACAGACAAGGCUGGUAAGUUCUCUGAUUGCCGGGACGAUAAACGAGGGCGCCUCGGACUUAAAAGUUGGAUACUACCUAUUGUAAAUUCGUGGAAAAAAAGCAGCAUUGAUUCCGAGUGACAUUACUUCGUUGGCAGUACGACUUCGUUUGGCUAUUUUCAUUUGUAAAGGAAGUUGCAGGCAACUUGGUUGAAGCGGUAGCAAGUGUUAAGUUCGGGCAACCGGAACCGUCUGAGUCACCACCAGAACCAGCACAGGUCGCACAGGAGUUUCGAGCUUCCCACAACGAACAAAACGACUUGGCUACCAACAAGGAACCGGGCCUGCCACAUCGCAGCGCGUCACUUUCUAAUUAUAUUCAUAUCUAUUAUGAUGUUUGUACACGACCAAAACACACAAAGGCUGAGCACAAGCGCCCAGCUCGUGUAUACCUAGGUACCGAGUUCAUCCGUACUUAACUAAAAAUCGUUUUUGCGCACGUGCGCCGCUGCCUUUCGCAAAAGCUGUCUCACUUCAUGCGUGCAUGGCUUGCUGUGUGUACAGGCGUAAGCGUAGGGAUGUGGAGGAGUUGUAUGUCCGCGCCGUGCUAGUGCUGACCAGAGCACGCAAUUUUGUAAAUUUCUCUGAUAUAAUCAUAACAAUUGAGAAAUGAUGUUGGCUUGCCGGUGCCUCCACGGAUACUUACUCGAAAACUUUGCCUGGUUUUAGAGUCUCUUUUUUCAUCCUUGCACCCUUUUCCCGUGCGCCUAGUUUUGCUGGGUGAUUAUAUGUUGCUAGAGGGUCUUGGGGCUCAUGUAGCUAAGUUCCGGUUUUGAUGUGGUUCUCGUUAGACAGGCCGCGUCGCGCUUUUUUGCUUCGUGCUGGCGCCGAGUUUGCCUUUGCGAAGCCACCAUGCAUAUCGGCGCCCUCCCUAGUAGGAGCGUGUUAUAAUAUUGAGGGUGCCUACGUAGUGUAGAUCAACACGGAUCACGAAUCACGGUGCUUGUCGCUGUUUCUUCAGAAACAUAUUUUCAUGCCCGAGCGGCCAGCUCCCUAAAAGAAGGACAUCGAACGCUACUAAAGUACUGCUGCUCAUCUUUGUACCUAAAGAUGGCCGCCGGGUAAGUAAUCGGGGCAAUUCUAUUGCAUUGCUACGUCGACGCCUGGGUGUCCGGGCUGCUGUUUCUGUUGGAUUGCAACAAAUGUUUUUCAUGAAGAGAAGUACCGAGAAAGCGGCUGCCAGUUCACUUCUAUCGGGAGAGAUUUUUCCAAGCUUCUGGAGCUUCGAGAGCGACCAACUGUUCGUUGGGGCGGAAUUGCAACGGAGGACGGCACCGCGCACGCCGCCAUGGAAAUCGCCGCGGAGAGAAAGCGGAGUGCCCGAGAUGACCGAAGCGCGGCCUCCCGGGCGUGUAAAAUUCUCGAGCGUGCCUCCUGCACUCCGACGCAGCAGGACGCAGUUGGACCUGAAGUGCAACAAGUCGAAGAGGGUCGCAAGGUGUGCAAGGACAACAACAAUUUCGCGUACUAG